AUGGUAACUUACGAUUUUGAAAAAGAAUCGUUGGAGAUCGGUUUAAUAGGUCUGGGUGAUAUGGGUCUGUUGUAUGCAAAGAGAAUUGUAGCAGCUGGUUGGAAAAAAGUGAAUAUAUGUGACCAACCUAAUCAGUAUGAACAUUUUAAAGAAUUAUUGAAAGAUAGUAAAAUGAAUGUUUGUCGAGAUGGUCAUGCUGUGUCUAGACGAAGUGAUUUUAUAAUUUAUUCCGUCGAAGCGGAAAAUAUUGAUAGGGUCGUGGCAGAAUAUGGCCCAUCCACGAAACUUGGUGCAAUUGUGGCCGGUCAGACAUCAGUCAAAGAACCUGAAAUUCGCGCCUUUGAAAAACAUCUUCCCGAUGAUGUUCAUAUCGUCUCAUGUCAUUCGCUUCAUGGGCCAACUGUGGACUCAAGAGGUCAGCCAUUGGCAAGUAUCUUAAGAAUGGUGAUGAUUCAACAUAGAGCCUCUCAAGAGAAGUUUGAAAUCGCCUUGCGUGUUUUAUCCUGCAUGGAUUCUGAAAUCGUUAAAUUAUCGUAUGAAGAACAUGAUCGAAUUACUGCUGAUACUCAAGCGUGGGAAACUCCACAAUACGUGGGUGGAAUAGAGAAUGUCAAAGUUCAUAUGGCGUUACGUAUUUAUUCAAAUAAAUGGCACGUCUAUGCUGGGUUGGCAAUUAUGAAUCCAAGUGCAAAGACACAAAUUCAACAAUACGCACAAUCCGUUUCCGAUUUAUUUAAAUUAAUGAUUCAAGAGAAGGAGAAAGAAUUUAGAACGCGAGUUAAAAAGGCGGGAGAAUUUGUUUUUGGUGAAUGUUCUGAUUCACGUGAACCAAUUCUAUUAUCGGAUACUCUUUUGGAUAAAUAUUCUUUAUCUAUUGUUCCGAAAGAAAAAAGAAAACCAAAUUCCCAUCUAUCAUUGUUAUCCAUGGUAUGGUGGAUUAAUCCUUAUGAACAUAUGGUUUGUCAAACACCAUUGUUUCGACUUUGGACUGGUAUUACGGAAUAUUUAUUCCGUAAUGCGGAAAUGUUGGAAGAAGCGAUUCAUUCAGCAUUAUACAGUAAAGAUAUUAGAGCGGAUGAUAUGGAAUUUUAUAGCGCGUCAAAAGGAUGGGCGGAAUGUGUUAAUAUUGGAAAUCUGCACGCUUAUCAAAAAAGAUUUGAAGAUACUGCAAAAUUCUUCGAGUCGAGGUAUAGUGAAGAAGAAACAAAUUUAUUAGUUUGUUGUUACGUUAAUGAGGUUAAUUAUGUGUAA